AUGCUGUGAGUUUAUUUCUUAUUAACUUUACUAUGUAUGGUUCAAUUUGAUGGGCACGGUCGUAUUGAAAUUGGUCGAGAAAGAGGUAAAAAUGUGUUUUGCUUUAAAUACUACUUUAACAUACUUAUCUUUUUCUUUUACCAUUUUAAUAAUGUUAUGCCCCGCAUCAAAAUUAUUUCUAAUUAUUUAUUGUUAAAUUAAAUCAUCGAGAUCUUCAUAAUCAUCAACACUGAAUUUAACCAGAGCUUGGCGUGGUCGAUGACGUCGUAGUUGAAUCUGUGGUGCUUGUAACAGUAGUUGAGUCGGAAGUGCUUGUGACAGUAGUUGAAUCUGUCGUGCUGGUUACAGUGCUUGAAUCGGUGGUGCUGCUGGCCGUAGUAGUUGAAUCUUAUUUUGGUAAAUAUUUUAAAAAAUGUAUAGUGAUCUUAGAAUUACGAAUGUGGAUUCAUACUAAGUACUAACCUGAUGUGGAAGUUGGCGUCGAUCCUGUGGUUGUAGUCGCCGAUGUAGUGGUGGAGGCCGGAGUGGUGGAGGAGGCGGUGGUUGAAGCGGCAGUAGUACUGGACGCAGCAGCGGUAUUAGAUCCUGGACAAACAACAACUCCGGCUGGAAGACAAUUUGCGCCUUUCAAAGUGAUUAUCGUGUACCUGGUGACGAGGACGGCCGGAGUCGGUUGCGGUCGGAAAAUGCCGCUGAAAAUGUUGGAGAGAAGAGAAGAAAAGGCGUAAAAAGCGCCGAAAAGCGGAUCUGCGACCCUGUAAACUGGCUGAUCUGACGGUUUAUCGAGCGACGACUGAAUACUGAAUGGGGAAAUGAACUGCGGAUCGGACUGGUAGGGGCGGAUGGCCAUUCCAUUACGGAAAGAUAAGAUAUUUAUGCUUACUGGAUGACUUGAGUGGGUUUCAGCGGCUGGUACUGUUGGUGGAUGUCGUCCUGGCUGACGAAGACAUGGUCGGCAUAUAAUGGAAGAUUCCAGUAUUGUCUCUUCCGGCGACACACUGUUGUGGCGGAAGGUGCUUCUAAUUUCGCGCAGUCAAACCUCUUACUAAAAAAAAAUUAUCAAUCAAAUUUUAAACAGUUGCUGUGGUGGUGACAACGGUGGUAACGGUAGCGGCUGCCCGAUAUUCGGGCACUUGGUGUAUGACGUGAUUGUUCCAUAACGGUGAUUCUUCGCGGACGACGGCAGCCUGUACGGAAGCGAUGAUCAGUACGAACAGAAAAAUUGUUUAUGCCACGCCGUAUCAAAAAUUGAUCUUCUCCGUGAAAAAUGGAUGUGAUGGAAAUGGCCGAAAUUGACACCGACGGGAGCCCGAUUUUAGAUUUUCAACAUUUACAGCAUUUGAUGGAAGAUAUCUUCACGCUGUGCAAUAACCAGUCACGCUGUACUGCUUCCUCCUUUGUUGCAAACGGCACCUCCGAUUUAAAAGAAGCCAGUUUAGAUUUGGACUUUCGUGAAUUUAAUAUGCAACGCAUCAUUUCUAUUGUGGUGCCAAUCAUAUUCGGAAUAAUUGCCAUAGUAGGAUUCUUUGGCAAUGCCCUAGUUGUGGUGGUGGUCAUUGCCAAUUCGCAGAUGCGCAGCACGACCAACCUGCUCAUCAUCAAUUUAGCAUUGGCCGAUCUUUUAUUUAUCGUGUUUUGCGUUCCAUUCACUGCUUCGGAUUACGCCUUACCAUUUUGGCCGUAUGGCGACGUUUGGUGCAAAAUUGUCCAAUAUCUAGUCAUCGUAACAGCCUACGCUAGUGUCUACACUCUAGUCCUCAUGUCGCUUGAUCGCUACUUGGCAGUCGUGCACCCGUUCACUUCCAAAUCAAUUCGAACGAAGACCAACACUUAUUGGGCCAUCGCCGUCAUUUGGGUUGUUAUUUGUUUGGCCUGUGUUCCGCUACUGAUGGCUCACGGCCAAGUGAUGUACGUAUUUUCAGGCGAAGAGUAUUCAGUGUGCCAAUUUCUCCAAGAGGAAGGAUGGAGUCUGCAUAUGUUCCAAAUCACCUUUUUUGCAACUUCUUACGUCAUACCACUAUUGCUUAUUUGCGGUUUGUACAUGGGCAUGCUGACGCGCUUGUGGCGUAAGGAUGCACCAGUAGGGCGGGUCUCGGCUGAAAUCCAGCGUGGGAAAAAGCUACGUGUUACUCGCAUGGUUUGCACGGUAGUUGGCAGUUUUGCCGUCUGUUGGUUCCCCAUUCAACUCUUUCUCGUUUUGAAAAGUCUAGCCUUGUUUGAAAUGACCGCGCUCACAGUCAUGAUACAAAUUACUUCGCACAUACUAGCGUACAUGAACUCGUGUGUAAAUCCUUUUCUUUAUGCGUUUAUUUCGGAUAACUUUCUGAAAGCGUUUCGUAAAUUUGUGUAUUGUCCCAGCAGGUAAGAAUUCCACCGAAAUUUGUAUUCAUCACUCGUAUAUUCACCGAAAAUGUUAUUGCUUGAUAAAUAAUUUUAUUUCCGCUUUGAAAUAAUUAUCUUAAUAAAAUUUUACUGGUGUUUUAUUGUAAGCAAUUUCGCAGAUUGCAGUUGGCAGAAAGUUUGUUGCAGAAAAUAAACGGCAACUCUGCUUGAAUUAUGAAACAUGACAGUAAAAAUUAUGACAUAUCAGUUAUCGUUGACUCAUUGUUUAAGAGGAUUUUGACCGUGGCUGAUCUCUUCGUGAAAAUGUAAUUAAUGUGCACCAGGAAAUAGCCUUUUUUAUUCAUGGUGAUGCUGUAUACGUCUUGUUCCGAAAUUAUCUUGGCUGCCAUUGCUCAAAGUCUCAGACAGGGUGAGACAGCCAAGAGAAAGUGCUUGCACAUCACAUCUUUGACGGAAGUAACUCCCACCUGUUGAUUUCCUUCAAGUGCUUCAAGCUUGCCAGCUUAAUACUUCACGAGGCCGUCGACACAUGUCGUAGUAAACAACAAGUCGCUUCUCUUUGACAAUGUCAAAUUUUACUGUGAGGGUACAACAAUACGCCACCCCAUCGCGUAAUCGGACUACGCCCAUUGAAUCUUGCUUGAAAGUUUUAAUAUUGGCAAUCUAACAAUCAUACGAUACAAAUCAAGAAAUAUGCAAUCCUUAAUUUUUAUCUGGUUAUCCCCUUUGCCGUCGUCUUCAUCAGUGCAAUUCUGAGAAGUAUCGGUUAAUAUUGAUUUUGAAACGUAAAUUGACAUCAAUGUGAAAUCAAGUCAUUCUAAUAGGAUCCUUUUUUUUUAAAGUUUAACUCUGAAGAUAAAAUCAGUGAGUCUUUUCCAUUCUGUUGUAUUACCUUUUCACAUGA